AUGGAAGGGUUUGGGGAACAGGGUGCUGCAGGCGACCUGGGCCCGCUGCUGUGUGCAGUGGCAGCCUCAGGUUCUUCUUUUAAUGCUGACUUUAUUGAGACUCUGCCGCUGGCUGUCAAGUGCCGAGUGUAUGCUCUUAAAAAGCUCCAGGCCAAAUCAGCUGGCCUCGAGGCCAAGUACCUCAGAGAAUUUCAUUCCAGCGAGAGGAAGUUUGCCAGGAUCUAUGGCCCUUUAUUGGAGAAGAGACGCCAGAUCAUCAAUGCCCUGUAUGAGCCCACGAAAGAGGAGUGUGAGGACAAGUCCAAGGACAUGGACUUUAACUGUAACGAAGUGGCAGAUGACCCAGAGGUCAAAUUGCAUGGUCUGCAGGACAAUCUAGACUAUGAAGACUUGGAGGAGUAUUGUCAGGAGGACUCCGUGGAUGCACAGGACGUGAAAAAAGAGGAUCCUAAAGGGAUCCCCGAUUUUUGGCUCACUGUUUUGACGAAUAUUCACAAGCUCACUCCUCUGAUUAAGAAGUACGAUGAGCCCAUUCUGAAGUUCUUGCAAGAUGUGAAAGUCAAGUUUUCCAAACCCAAUGAGCUGCUCGCCUUCACGCUAGAAUUUCACUUUGAACCUAAUGACUACCUCACAAAUGAAGUGCUCACCAAAACAUACACACUCAAGUCCAAGCUUGAUUACUCAGACCCCCACCCAUUCAGGGGCUCAGCUGUGGAGCAUUGUGUUGGUUGCAAGAUAGACUGGAAGGAGGCGAACGUCACUGUGCAAAUGGUCCUGAAAAAGGAGAGGCACAGGUUUUGGGGACUGAUGCAUACCACCACUCAGGAAUUUCCUCGAGAGUCCUUCAAUUUCUUCAAUGCUCUUAGGUGGUGCCUGGAUGCUGAGGAAAAUGAGGAAGAUGUUUUCAUCGCUCAUACUUUGUGCACCUUUGUCAUCCCAAGAGCUGUGUUAUAUUUCACAGGAGAAGCCAUUGAAGCGGAGCAAGAGAGGAUGAUCAGGGAAACUAAUAACCCAGUUUCUUCCAGAAACCCUGGAGAGACCUGGGUGGCCGCUGUUCAUGGUGCUAAAGUUUGA